AUGCCGCUUACUGAAUUACACAAGGUUAUUAAAAAAUUAGACUUUAAAGCUUUUGAAAGUUUAAUUGAAAGGAGCACAGACAUCAAUGCAGUUGACGAUGAAAAUAAAACACCAUUGCAUUACGCUUUCGCGAAUAAUCAUCAAGGAACUAUGAUCUCAAGUCUGAUUGACCGUGGAGCAGACAUCAAUGCGAGAGAUAAUGAAGGCAAAACACCACUACAUUACGCUGUUGAUGAUUUUACUACCAAAGUAAAUAAAUAUUCACCCAAAUACAAUAAAAACUGUGGUAUGAGUGUCUACAGCUUCAUUAUGCUUGAACACUUACUCAAUAAAGGGCCGGAUAUCAAUGCAGUUGACAAUGAAAACAAAACACCACUGCAUUAUGCUGCCGAAAAUAGGACCAACAGACAAAUAGUUGAAUUUUUACUAUCAUAUAAACCGGACAUCAAUGCAGUGGAUAAUAAAAAGAAAACGCCAUUGCAUUAUGCUGCUCAAAACAGGUUUAAAGCAAUGUUUUUUGAAUGUGUCUCAAGUACGGAGGAGGAAAUUGAUACUGUUGCGGAUAAUCCUGAGGCUGGUGAAGAGUCGCAGGAUAAUGAUUUUAACGACGAAUUCAUUGUUAAGAAUUUAGUUGAUGCUGGAGCGAUUGUUGAUGCAGUCGAUAAUGAAGGGAGAACUCCAUUGCAUUUGGCUAUUUACCAUUCUAAUGAUCCAAUAGCAAUCAAGUACCUAAUUGACCACGGGGCAGACGUAAUUGCAGCUGAUCAUGAAGAAAAGCAACCAUUGCAUUUAGCGGCUCAACAUCCUGCUGCUAAGGAAAUUUUUGAAUAUUUAAUCGAGCAGGGAGCGGAUGUUAAUGUGGUUGAUCGCUGGAAGCAAACACCAUUGCACUAUUCUGUGAUUCGUUCUUACCCAAUUAAUCGUAAUGAUGAAAAUCAGAUCGACGAACGAGUUGAAUGCUUGCUCAAGCAUGGCGCGAAUGUCGAUGCUGUUGAUUACAAAGGUAAGACGGCUUUGCAUUACGCCGUGAUCUCUAAAAAAAAUUCCCUGGAGAUUAUUGAAUCAUUGAUUAGACACAAAGCGAAUGUCGAUGCUGUUGAUUACAAAAGUAAAACGGCUUUGCAUUAUGCUGUGGUCUCUCAAAAAAAUUACCUGAAGAAGACUGAAUUAUUGGUUAAAAACAAAGCGAACGUCAAUGCUGUUGACGAUGAAUGCAAAACACCGCUGCAUUUAGCUCUUGAAAAUUCCAUCCCAGUGUGGAAAUUUUUAAUCGACCAUGGUGCGGAUGUCAACUCUAAAGAUCGUGCGCACAGAACACCGUUGCACUAUGCGGUUUCUAAAGGUUGCAUUGAAAUUGUUAAGUACUUAGUCGAGCAUGGAGCGGAAGUUAAUGCAAGAGAUGAUGAAGAUAAAACACCACUUCAUUUAGCUUUUGGACCCUCUUUAACUUACAACUUGGUGGAGUAUUUAAUCGAUCAUAAAGCAGAUUACAAUGCGACCGAUCGUUGGUUGGAAACACCCUGCCAUUUAGCUGCCAGAAGCACCGACGCCGAAGGAAUUUUGGAGUAUUUAGUCGAUCGAGGAGCGAAUUUUACGGCUAUGGAUUAUUAUCUCAAUAUACCAUCAUUAAGGCUUGUUAUGGAAAGUGAUAGUGAUGAGGAUGAUAAUCCACCGUUGGAAAUUGUUAAAAACUUGAAACGCCUGCGGGAUGAAUAA